CAAAAGCGUCUGUGCGUUAGUAGAGAAAAACCUAGCCAAGGCUGCAGAUUGAGCUGGAAGAGGAACCAGCAAGGAACACGAAAGCAGCAAAAAAUGGUGUUGCCGGAAUGCAAGAGUUUGGCUAUCCCCCUGUGGGUAAAGCGGCCGGCCAUUGCACUAUUCUCCUUACAGAUCAAUAGAAGCACUCUAUUCGGCAGGUCGUGUGCGGUGGUACAUAGAGUGAGUCGAAGAACAAAACGAGAAAUGGACAAGAAGACGCAGGAACACAAGCUUGAUUCGCAAACGCACCACCCCACUUCCACUAUACAAGUAAGCAGAGAGGCAGCAAAUUCCUUUCCAUGCCACGGUGUACUGCUGAGGAAGAGAAGCAGCAAAGCCAUUUACAGGUCGAGUGCAGUUUUUCGCGAGAAAGGCACAGGGCGUGGGUGCAAACAGGCUGGCAGUUAUCUGCGUAGUUGGUCAUGCGUGCGCGGCUCGCAGUACUAUCCUCUGUCAAAUCCAAACAGGUGUCCAGCGAUGCCCAGACAUGAGAAUACCCGUAGCACGGCAGCUUUGCAGUAUGCAGAAAAGCUCAAAUUGCACUGUGCUGGCAAAUUUCUAGCGUACCUGAAUGUAGACACUGCAAGUGUAGUCUAGUGGCAGCAGCCAGUACACUUGUGAAUGCCGCGAACCCGAAUGUCUGUGCAGAGCAGGCGCUUCCCCCUCUUUGUGCUAAACAACCAGCGUCCAGGUGCUUGGCGCCAAAAAAGACACCCAGAGA